UGCGGGAGGGUCGAGGGCCCGUGCGCGCGCGAACUCGCUCCCCCAGGAGUUCGCCCCCGAGUGCGCGCGCCGAUGGGCGGUGCUCUGGACUGUGCGGAGGAGGGCGGGUGGACUGGUGGCUGCGAGCGCGCCGUGCACUCGGCGGGGACUAGUAGUUACUGUUAGUGUCAAUUGCUCCGCGGCGGUGGCCGCGGUGACCAAGAAGGGGACGGGACGGCCGGCGAUGGUGGUCACCGCGGCAGAGUGUGCGCCCCUCAGAUUCCACAUGUAAGUGAAUCUGAUGGUAUUUGUCUUUCUCUGACUAUGUUUCCUUACAUAAUAACCUGCAGGUCCAUCCAUGUUGGCUCAAAUGAUUGAUGAUACUGGUGCUAGAUACAGAUGAAAGUUGUGCCAUGCACUGAAAGGAAAUUAUUGCCUGUGAAGUUCUGGUUUCUAAAAUGUCUGCCUGUAACACCUUUACUGAACAUGUUUGGAAACCUGGUGAAUGCAAGAACUGCUUUAAACCUAAAAGCUUGCACCAGCUUCCUCCAGACCCUGAGAAGACACCCAUCACCCACGGCCAUGUGAAAACUAAUGCCAAUCACAGUAACAACCACCGUAUCAGGAACACUACAAAUUUCCGGCCUCCUGUGGCUAAAAAACCCACUAUAGCUGUGAAGCCCACUAUGAUGGUGGCAGAUGGGCAAAGUAUAUGUGGUGAGCUUAGUGUCCAAGGACACUGUGAGAACGAACCUGUCAUCAUAGAAAGGAACCGAAACAGGACAGCCUUGAAUCAGAAACCACUCAAUAAUAAUAAUAAUAAAGAUGAUAUUGAAGGAGUUAGCCAUGUUUCUAAACCUUUUGGCAAUAAUGAUAGUGCAAAGAAGGUAUCAAAUAAUAAUAAUAAUGGACUAACUGAAAUGUUGAAGGAGAUAGCAGGCUUGGAUACUACCCCUCAGAGAAGAGUAAAUGAAACCAAUGCCAAAGAAAUAUUUUUAGGAAGAAUAAAUGACUGCUAUAAACGAUCAUUGGAAAGAAAGCUUCCACCAAGUUGCAUGAUGGGUGGGAUAAAGGAUACUCAGGGCAAGCAUGUUAUUCUGAGUGGGAGCACAGAAGUGAUCAGUAAUGAAGGGGGCCGGUUCUGUUACCCAGAGUUUUCUAGUGGAGAGGAGACUGAGGAAGAUGUACUUUUCAGUAACAUGGAAGAAGAGCAUGAAAGCUGGGAUGAGAGUGAUGAAGAACUGUUGGCCAUGGAGAUUCGAAUGAGAGGGCAACCUCGCUUCGCUAAUUUUAGGGCAAACACUUUGUCUCCUGUUCAAUUCUAUGUGGACAAAAAGUGGAAUACUGUCCCUCUGCGAAAUAAAUCUCUGCAGAGAAUCUGUGCUGUAGACUAUGAUGACAGUUAUGAUGAAAUCCUGAAUGGUUAUGAAGAGAAUUCUGUGGUCUCCUAUGGACCAGGAAGCAUUCAGAGCAUGAUGUCAUCUGACUCCACUUCACCAGAUUCUUCUUUAACAGAAGAAUCAUGUUCUGAGACAGCCAGUAGUUUAUCUCAGAAGAUAUGUAAUGGGGGAAUAUCUCCUGAUACCACAGGAGAUUCUAAGGAUAUGAAGGAAAGUGAGCCCAGUUAUGAAAGCCUCUCUGGUUACAAUCAAGAGAAGGAUUCAUCACAAGCAUCCAAAAGUUCAGUAAAAGUUGCAGAGACACACAAAGCAGUCCUUGCUCUCCGAUUAGAAGAGAAAGAUGGCAAGAUUGCUGUACAAACUGAGAAGCAAGAAAGUAAAGCCUCUACAGAUAUUGCUGGGCAAGCAGUAAUCAUAAACCUCAUUCCUGUACAAGAGCAAGCAAAGCCCUACCGCGUAGUAAAUCUUGAACAGCCAUUGUGCAGGCCAUAUACUGUUGUAGACGUGUCAGCAGCCAUGGCCAGUGAGCACCUAGAGGACCCUGUUAACAGCUCCAAGACGAAAAGCUCUUCUUCUACUCCAAACUCUCCAGUUACAUCACCUAUAUCAAAAUCAGGACGAAUAAGUGCCCAUUUCAAAAAAUCCAGUGCAAUUCGAUACCAGGAAGUAUGGACUUCCAGUACCAGUCCACGACAAAAGAUACCUAAGAUAGAAUUAAUUAGUGGUGGAACUGGACCAAAUGUCCCUCCAAGGAAAAACUGUCACAAAUCAGCACCUACUUCACCCAUAGCUACAAAUGUUUCCUCCAAAACCAUCCCUGUUAAGUCACCUAAUUUGUCUGAAAUAAAAUUUAAUAGUUAUAACAAUGCUGGUAUGCCUCCUUUUCCAAUUAUCAUUCAUGAUGAGCCAACUUAUGCUCGGAGUUCCAAAAAUGCUAUCAAAGUUCCCAUUGUAAUCAAUCCAAAUGCAUAUGACAAUCUAGCCAUUUAUAAAAGUUUCCUUGGAACAAGUGGAGAACUUUCAGUAAAGGAAAAAACCACAAGUAUGAUAAGCCAUACUUAUGAAGAAAUAGAAACUGCAAGCAAAGUGUCUGAUGACAUCACUAGCAACCCCACUGAUUGUCCCCAAGCUAAAGGAUUUUCAGAUAGCACAGAAUGUAAAAGGGGCUCAGUGGCUCAGAAGGUCCAGGAGUUUAACAGCUGUCUUAACAGAGGCCAGUCUUCACCACAGAGAAGCAGUAGUUCCAGCCACAGCUCCCCAACCAAGAUCCAGAGAACCACUCAAGAACCUAUUGCCAGAACAGAAGGCACUCAGGAGUCUCAGCUGGUGGGCAGUGGCAGCAGCGGCAGGGAGAAAGCAAGUAUAGUGCUGUCUCAGAUUGUGGCUUCUAUCCAACCCCCACAGACUCCUCCAGAAAUGCCCCAGUCAGGCCUUAAAGCUUGCAGUGUGGAAGAGCUUUAUGCAAUUCCUCCAGAUGUUGAUGCUGCUAAAAGUACACCAGUUCGACCCAAAUCUCUCUUUACAUCUCAGUCCAGCGAUGAGCAUGAAGCACCUCAGACCACAGAAAAUCUUAUCACUAAAGUACAGAAAGAUCUACUGGCAAAGCCAGACUCAGCGUCUCCCUCCAAAUUAGUGAUUAAUCCCCAGAGUGAGCCAUCACCUCCUUUUCCCCCACCACGCUCUACUUCCUCCCCUUACCAUGCAAGUAACCUUUUGCAGAAGCAUUUCACCAACUGGACCAAGCCAACCAGCCCUACCAGGUCAACGGAAGCUGAAUCAGUUUUGCUCCCUGAAGGCAGCAGGCGGGCAGCUGAUGCAAAACCUAAACGCUGGAUAUCAUUUAAAAGCUUCUUCCGCCGCAGGAAAACAGAUGAGGAGGAUGACAAAGAGAAAGAACGAGAGAAAGGGAAACUGGUGGGCCUGGAUGGCACAGUCAUCCACAUGCUGCCCCCUCCUCCAGUUCAGCGCCAUCACUGGUUCACAGAGGCAAAAGGAGAGUCCAGUGAGAAGCCAGCCAUCAUCUUCAUGUACAGGUGUGACCCUGCUGAAGGCCAGCUCAGCGUGGAUCAGAGUAAGGCUGAAGCAGGCCAGCCAGCAGUUAAGGAGAAGGGUGGAACACCGGAUGGGUUACUCCUGGACUCAGAGAAGAAGAAGAAAAGGAGUCAUUCGCCGUCACAGGUUCCUAAAAAAAUUCUCAGUCAUGUGACCCAUGAAGUGACAGAGGAUUUUUCUCCUUGGGAUCCAAAAACUGUUCUUGUGAAGCAAGAUGGUGGAGACUGCACACCAGCAGUGCCCCUCCCUGAACCGAAAAGGGAAGAGGAAAAAGAAGACAUUUCAGAUCCUAUGGACCUGAAUCCCUGUAGUGCAAUAUACAGCAACUUAGGGCAAUCUAGAGCAGCUAUGAUACCUCCCAAGCAUCCACGGCAGCCUAAGGGGGCUUUGGAUGAUGCCAUUGCCUUUGGUGGGAAAACAGACGAAGAAGCACCUAAUGCUUCCCAAACUAAACCACCCCCACUGCCAAAGAAAAUGAUCAUGCGAGCCAACACAGAACCAAUCUCCAAAGACCUCCAAAAAUCCAUGGAAACUAAUCUUUGUGUCAUGGCUAAUCCCACCUAUGAUAUUGAUCCCAACUGGGAUGCCAGCAGUGCUGGCUCUUCUAUCAGUUAUGAACUCAAGGGACUGGACAUUGAGUCUUAUGACUCCUUGGAGAGGCCUUUGCAUAAGGAGCAACCUAUCCCCUCAGCAGCAAACAGCACCUCCAACUUAACCACUCUCAGUAUUAAGGAUAGAUUUUCCAACAGCAUGGAGUCCCUGUCCAGUCGACGUGGUCCCUCUUGGAGACAGGGCCAAGGCAUCCGGAAGCCACAGAGACAUGCACUUUAUCGAGGACUUGAGAAUUGGGAAGAAGUGGUGGGAAAAAUCCGAAGCCUUCAUACAGAUGCCUUAAAGAAAUUGGCUAUUAAAUGUGAAGACCUCUUCAUGGCUGGGCAGAAAGACAAACUCCGUUUUGGCGUGGACAGCUGGUCAGACUUCAGGCUAACCAGUGACAAGCCAUGUUGUGAGGCCGGUGAUGCAGUUUACUACACAGCUUCAUAUGCAAAAGAUCCACUUAAUAGUUAUGCAGUCAAGAUCUGUAAGAGCAAAGCUAAAGAAUCUCAGCAGUAUUAUCACAGCUUGGCUGUUCGGCAGAGUCUGGCUGUCCAUUUUAACAUCCAGCAGGACUGUGGUCAUUUCCUUGCUGAGGUCCCUAAGCGUCUGCUUCCCUGGGAGGAUCCUGAUGCCCCUGAAGAGGAAGAGGACGAAAUACAAGAGAAUGAAGAAGAAAUGAAAGGAAAAAAUGAUGGGAAAACCCCAGAGCCCUGCUUUGAAACAGAGUCAUCCCAGAAAGAAAACCCGGGAAUCAUUAGCAAGAAGCAGAGAAGUCACGUUGUGGUCAUCACCAGAGAGGUUCCCUAUCUCACGAUGGCUGAUUUUGUGCAGGACUCUCUGGUUCAGCAUCGGAAAAGCCCUGAUUCAUAUGAGAGGCAAGUGUGUCUGCUGCUCUUACAGCUGUGCUCUGGUCUUGAGCACCUCAAACCCUAUCACGUCACUCACUGUGAUCUACGUCUGGAGAACCUGCUGCUUGUCCACUACCAGCUAGGGGGAACCACCCAGGGCCUUGGGCCUGCAGAACCCAAUCCCACCUCAUCUUGUCUCACAAGGCUUAUAGUAAGCAACUUCUCUCAGGCCAAGCAGAAGAGCCACCUGGUGGACCCUGAGAUCCUCCGGGACCAGUCCCGCCUUGCCCCAGAGAUCAUAACAGCCACCCAGUACAAAAAGUGUGAUGAGUUCCAGACAGGCAUCCUCAUCUAUGAGAUGCUACACCUGCCCAACCCCUUUGAUGAGAACCCAGAACUGAAGGAGAAGGAGUACACUCCAGCAGACCUGCCCCAAAUCCCACUCCGCUCCCCCUAUUCCUGGGGCCUUCAGCAGCUGGCCAGCUGCCUCCUGAACCCCAACCCUUCUGAGCGUAUCCUCAUUUCAGAUGCCAAAGGUGUCCUCCAGUGUCUGCUCUGGGGCCCCCGGGAAGAUCUCUUCCAGAUUUUCACCAAUGCCCCCAGCCCAGUGCAGAGGAAUACCCUGCUCCAAAACUGGCUGGACAUCAAGCGAACAUUGCUAAUGAUCAAGUUUGCUGAGAAGUCCCUGGACAGGGAGGGUGGGGUCAGCCUUGAGGACUGGCUUUGUGCUCAGUAUUUGGCUUUUACCACUCCAGACUCUCUCAGUUGUAUUGUGAAAAUUCUGCAACACCGUUAAUGUAUCCUGGUUGCUGCUCUUCAUCUUCAUCAUCUUCAAGUCACCCAUGCACUUCCCCAUCCUAGUACUCACCCACAGUUCAAGGAAAGAAGAGAGAAACUGUUCAUCCCUGUCCACGAACAAAUGAGUCUACUCAGAAAGAUUAUCCACAGCUCCAAAUCAAGUGAGAAGCUGAGUCUGUCUUAACUUCAGAAAUUCAACUGGACAAACAUUCAGUUGCUUUCCAUUGGAGCACCUUUCACCCUAAUUGUCCCACAAAUGCAGGUAAAAAAUGAAAAUGAACAUUUUUAAAGGGACAGCUCCUUUGAUAUGAACUCAGUGAGUUAUGUCCAGUUGCUCCAUAAUUCUGAAUUUCACCUGUGUUUUUAACACCAAGUUAAAAACCAAGUUGCUAUUCUUAUUAGCAAUAGAUAAAUUUAACUAAGUCUUACCAUCAUGCACUAAGCUGUCGCAGCAGACUUUCUUCCUCUGUUACCAGGUAAAACUGCCAUCCUUAGUAUCCACCCAAUUUUCAUUCCAGGGACUAUAUUCUUUGUUCCAGUAGAUAGUAUAAGGACAAGGAGAGAACCAUCCCCUUGGAUCAUGGACACAUUUUCACUUCUGUUACUAAUAAGUGGGUGUACUGCAUGGAGGAUGCCCUAACAAUCUUCCCUCUGCUGCCACAGCCUGAUUCUACUUCACCUUUACUUUGUCCCCACUUGCCUAUGAAGUUUGGGCUUAUUUGCUACUUGUGGCCUGUUACAGAGCUAACACAAAGUGGUGUCACCCAUUCCUGAGCAGGGUGGAGUGCAGUUUAGAUCAUAUAAACAGCUAGCAGUACAGAAGGAAAUGAUUUUUCUGCAUGCGUAGUUUUCUUGGGGCCACCAGGGAACAGAGUUUAAAGUACCGUUCUUUGAUUAUUGUCAAAGUUGGCAGCCAAGGCUGGUGGUGCCCAGAUCAUAGCUUUUUCCCUCAAACAGUAAUUGGCCAGCUUUCUUCUAUCAGUAGCUAGUAUUUACUAGUAUUAACUAGUCUACCAAAUCCUAUAGACAACUGCCCUGAAUGAAACAGCUGUCAGUCCACCUCUGAGAUCUCGAGAUCUUUGAAGGAAUGGCCCAGAUGGCUAUUAUAAUGACCAAGAGAAGACCACGAAUAAGACUGCUGACCACCUCAGAAUGCUGACCUUUUCUGGAGCAACUGCCUCCCAGUUGCCCUGGCGUGUUGCUCUUUAUGACUCUGAAAUGGCUCUAGAGAACAACUCACAGGGAAUUUUGAUUGCUGAGGUGGGUGGCUGAAAGCUAUUUACUGUAGUACAUGGGGGUCUGUGCUCCUUUCCUAUGGAUAUGUGUGCAAUUUUUCUAUGAUUUUUUUAGCUGUGUAUUACAGUGUUUAUGUUGCAACUUCACCUGAAGAAAAAUCUUUAGAAAUCCUCCCCUUCUUCCCGUGGCACAUAUUUGCGCUGACACGAGUCUUCCUUCCGUGGGGGGGGGAUGUGAGUGUGUGUGUGUGUGUGUACUUGUUUUAUUCAAAACUGUGAGUAUCUGUUUAUUUCAAUCUUGCAAUCCCAGAAGUCACUUGGACAGUGUGAGUAUCCAUACACAUGUGGGCCUAUGUGUGUGCACACACAUGCUAGAAGUAGAGAGGCGCCAGGCUUCUGGGGGAGCAACCUGGGCAGAGUUGAUAGACAUGUUCUCUGUACCUAGUCACUGAGGGAGCCCUUGGAACCCUCAUCUACUAGUGCAGGGUUUCUUAAAGUCAGGACUGGCUGUGCAGUGUUACUUAGAUAGCAUAUUAGUGGCCAUUUGAAAUUUAUUAAUUUUUAAAAAUAUAUAUAUAUUUUUAUUGAUUUCAGAGAGAG